UUUAUGUGUUUUGGUUAUGUCCUACACUAUUCCGGCCUAAUCGAUGGCAUGUUGGCAAAUUUUCCUACCAGGCAUAAUGUAGAUCUACGAGGAUGCUGUCGGAUUGACCAGAGGCAAAAGGACUUCGCAGAGCCGCAUGUUAGGCGCCAAGAGAGAAAUCAUCGCAGUUCAAGGAUAUUAUAAAUGAUGUCUCGAUUUUGGGGGGAUACCAGUGUGAGGGUAUAUUGUAUCAUUAAUUCACACCUCACCUUUCAAGUCAUACUGUCGGCUCUCAGAUUCAUUAUAUAUCCAUAACCCUGGAAUAUGGAAGCCCGAACUACACGGUCGUUCAGUUACCCAGAUCAAUUUCACGAGAAAUCCAUUAUCAAUGAUCCCGAUAAUUCCACGAACCCACAAGUUCGCGACUCGACUGCCGACGAGACGCAUUCAACAGAGGAUGAAGCUGAUUACAUGAAUAAUCCAGAACGCCCCGAAAAAUACGAAAAUUCUAACAUACAUACAUUUCCACUGAAACCUAUAGAAAAGCUAGGAUGGAUACCUCUAAUGUCAUUCUGCUUGGGGCCAUUCAUUUCAUUUCUCGCGGUAGGAUUCCUCGUCUUCCUCUGGAUACAUAGUUCUGCAAAGCUCUGGUUGAUAAUUGUCACUGCCCAUUGGACCUCGCGAUCAAUUACGCUUUGUGCUUUGAUCAUUCGAAUCGUGGUCGACUUGACGACGGGAUUCUGUGCCUCAAUGCUUGCUGCUCAAAUAUUGGAAAGGGGGUCUGUCUACUUGGGUGGCCUGGCUAAUAUUUCCAUCAUGAGGGCUGCCACACCAUCGCUUUCAAGCUUGAUACUCUCUUUCCGUCAAGUAGGAAGUAAAUCAAAGGUCCUCUCCCCUCUGAUUCUUACAUUUUUUCUUGCUAUCCUCAUGUUUGCGCUUCAAUUUUCUUCUACAAUCCUCCUUUCGGACCUUCAAGUAAGCAGUGUGAUUGGAUUGCAGGACACAUCUGAUUACUCCUAUGAUUUAGAUUGGGGCUGGAACAAAGAUUCCGUUCUAGCACGGGUUGGUGGCCAAGACAUCUACAAUUCUAGUCUCGGCUCAUCUACCCUUUCAUCUGGUCCCGGAAUUGCAUACAUACCAUCUGUCUGGACCCGAAGACCUGAGAGUUUCCCCAUAUUUGCAGAGUACAGAGAGCCAAUUCCGGCAAAGCCCAACGUUGAUGAUACUGGCUAUUCUUUCAAAUCAUUCCUUCCGUUCUCGGAUUCCGAGCAGAGAAGAAGUAUAGCUAGCUUUCGAGGACCCUCUUUCGUUCUGGAUUCAAGGGUGUCAUGCCAGAAACCCAUUAUAUCGGCCUUGAACACAACCCAUGCAGAUACCCUAUGGUAUGAAGGUAAUGCCUGGUACACGAUCGCAGGAACUGUUUCCAAUUCUACCGACGUCGAUGGGUUAUGGUUUCCGGAGGAUGUUUCGAGAGAGAUUCCUUUUGCGUGCCAACAUAGGAUGAUGUCGCAAUAUUACCCAGCUCCGGACCAGAACGAAACUGAUGACCGGAAUAUUGGGUUCGAAAUAUGUCCGAUUCAAAGUAACAACCAUUAUAUAAAAUUGCCAAAUGAGCUAGACCCUGAAACCGUCAUUGUCCAGAAGACCGAGGCAGCGGGGAGUCUCCGUAGCCAGCUUUACAAUUAUACAGUAUCCGAUCAGAAUCCCUCCCGCGGACCAGCUUUUCUCGUUAUUGCAUCAAAUUGGACACUGAGUCAGCGCGAAUACGAAACCUUUACGAAGGUCCAAGUCAAGAUGGAUAACUCUUCCAACCACAAUUCUCCGAUUGUGGAAGAUGUUCUGUUUUCCUUGUGUUAUACCUCGUGGGAAUCAGCUGCCACGUAUACCGAGAUGAACACCCGAUCACAACUUAAGGAAGACGCGACAAUCGAAUAUCGAACCGAUUUACACAACUAUGAUUUCGUCGACAUUAGUUCGAUACUUUAUCAUUACGGUCUGGGAUCUUCGACCCCGUCAACUUCCACGCUCAGUCUCUCGAAACCCAAAUUCGACAACUCCCUUACUUACCCCUUCCAACAAUUCUGCCUCGAAAAGAUGCUCACGAACGCGGAUUUCAACACGUUAUUGCAUGGCUGGGGAGCAAUCCUAGAGAAGAACAAAGCGAACAAUAUCUCCACAGGGGAUUAUUACACAGGCCUCUCCGCAGACGCAAGCGCGCCUGGAGAUUAUUCCAAGCUUCUCAAGGCGCCGCUCUUCAGGACCUGGGCUCCGAUUUUGGGAAACGAGACGAUUGGCUUCUACAACGCUCGAACCUUACCUAACGAAAUGAUCCCCGAAAGGCUGCCAGACCCGAUCCUCCAGAAAUUCUUCAUCGACGCGAUGAAGCUCACCGAUAACUCGCUAGCCUCCAGCUUAUCCGGGCUAUUGACUCUAUUAUCGUCGUUGGCCUAUUACGAACUCAUCCCGCUAUUCCGAAAGAACGGGACAGCAGACGUCACGCGGUUCGAGACGGUGACGUAUCCGCAAUCAUGGCGCGGCCUAACCGCCGUCGUCUCGUUACUCGCCGCACACUUACUCGUCUGCACGGUCAUACUCUACACAUUCCUCACCCGAACCCAGCUCACCCGGCUCGGGAGUUCGUGGUCGAGCAUCGCGCAGAUAUACAGCGCCGGGACGGAAACCAUCAUGCGCGAUGGUACGCUGGCUUCGGACGGCGAAGUGGAGAAGCACCUGUCGGAGAAGGGGAGGGCGCGGCGGCUCGUUAGAGUGUCCCUUGUGGCUGAUGGGGAUAGCGAGAGAUGCGAACCUGUUUUCAUACAAGGGGACGAUGAUAAAUCGUGUUUGUAGGUUCAUGGAAGAGGGAAAUGGAGACUGCUUACGGUGCUUACCAACUACGCGGCGUAUAUAAAUAAUUGUUAGAUAAGCAAUAAUGAGAUACUUGAUAUAAGAA